AUGAGCUGGACAACCGAGGGUAACGCACAGCCGAUAUCGUGCUUGGAGUGCCGUCGUCGGAAGCAGAAGAGAGGAGUCGCCCAUCUUUGCCGCUUCGUUCCGAAGAAAGCCAACAAAAGCGACACAGCCUCCGACGAGGGCUCAUCAAGUGGCGUUCUCUUCAGCGUGUCAAAGAAACGGGCUCUAGAAUCUCCCGAAGAAGAGUCCUAUUUCGACGAGAACGGCUACCAAGAUGGUGAAAACGACGAGGCCGACGAGGCCGAUGCUCUCAAUGCCCUCGGCUAUAUGCCACACACACACUACGUGUUGCUUGGUAAGACAAACAAGGGUACGGCUGAUGCGGACGAUGAGCCUGUCCAGUCGAAGGAACUGCAAACUGCCAUCAUGUCAAUGCCUGCCAAGCCAUAUAUAGCAGAUUGUCUGGUGGACAACUGGCUCAAUGGUGCAAACCAUCACUAUUACGCUUUGUAUCGACCUCAGUUUAGGACCCAGUAUGAUGGAUGGUGGGCGACACCCGCGAACAAGCGUACACCAGAGUUGACCAAUCUGAUCCUGCGGGUUUGUGCCUGCUCGGCCUUGUACAUCCUGAACGCCGGCGUCAAGGACAGACUAGAGCGUGAGCUUGGGACGGAUGCAUUGACACUCGCCACCACCUUGCACACAACAGCGGAGAAGCUCAGUAAAACGAUACCUUCUGGGAAAGGGGGACUAGCCCAUGUGCAGCAGCUCUUUCUGACAGCUUUCUGGUACAAGUCGGCCGAGGAUUGGACCGAAGCGUGGCAUGCCCUAGGAACUACCAUUCAUGCAGCAUAUGAGAUAGGACUUCAUCAGGAUUCUUUAUCUGAUGGCAUGUCGGAGUUUGACCGCGAGAUGAGAAGACGUCUUUGGGGCAUCCUGUAUGUGUGGGACUUCUCCCUGUGCUUGAAGAUGGCAGCAGAACUCAAGCCCGUGCCGUCCGACAACUCCAUCCCGACCGAAGUGAGUAAGGCCUUGGUGAGUAAGGCUCUGAGAGACGUUGUACAGAAGUGGAUGGACGAAUUGCCCGCUGCAUAUGCUCUCCAAAACCCGGACACUCAAUGGGACGCGGAGAAUGACUGGAUCAUAUUCCAACGUCGCUAUCUUCACCUCGUCGGCCACAUAUGCUUGUUCGAUCCUCUCAAGCAAUUCGUGACUCGAAAUUCUGCAGAGCCAAUGUCUGACUUGGAGCUGGAACUUCGUGAAUCGGGUGUGUUAGCCGCAUUGGGCCUCAUGGGAGUAUCUCGGACGUUCUUCGAGAUUCUCGUGUCUGCCGGCGCAAAAUUCCACUAUGCCGUCUUUUGCAUCUUUGACACCACCACUGUCCUGUGUUCUGGGCUGGUCCACGACGAAGCUCGGAAUUUGCCGCACCGAGAAACUGUCCUUGAAUCCAUCAAGCGCGGGUUGAGUAUGCUGCACGAGUGUACCGGCGACUCAAAGACAGCAUUGAGCUUGUGCCGAAUUCUGGAAAAGAUGGUUGCGAAUUUGCCACUUAGCUAUCGGGAGAAAGGUCUGAUGGGGUCCACCAAGCGAGUGAAGUCCAAGAGCAUGUCUCCGAGUGUUUCUUUGGCUGCUGGUGGGCUCGAAGUCGCGGGCACUGCUCGGCAGGGCAGAAGUAUCGAUUCGACCAUCCACUUGGUUGAAGAACCCUGUCAAAGCAAUAACACCGGCAACAUUGUUUCCGGCGAAGCUUCAGCCGUCACCACCAACAACAACUCAGCUGCACCUGAAGCAACAGUGGAAGCUGAUGCUGGGCCAAAUCAUGCUGAGCUCCUCCAGGUCUGCGGCCCAACGCCGCCAGAGGAAGCAGCAACAGCGUCAUGGCAGACUACCGUGGAUCAGUUUGGCAACUUCCAGCCACCUAUGUUUGAGAUGGGUCAAAUUAACGAUCCAGGCCAAUACGGGCAGCUCGACUGGCAGAUCCAACAGGAUCACUUGAACAACAAUUUGGACCUGUUCAACGGCGUGCAACUGCUCCCACUCGACGGAGGGGUUCCAGCCCUGCUAGAGCACUGGGACUGGGAGGUCCUCGACGUUGGAAAUCCCAGGCUGUGGGAUAGUCCCUCUCCGUUGGCUUCGCCUUGA